GUUGUACAUGCCGCAAGGCUACAGGCAAGAAACCUGGUUGCAAGAUGGUAGCAGCUCCGAAACCGAGGACAGCGAGCAAUACGUGCCCGAGUUCCACCAGAUGUCGAGUGCGAGCGUGAAGCAAGAGUCAAGCAAUUGCACAAGAAACGGUGACAAUGGUAAUUACCAUCCUCAGUAUCAGUCUACCCCGGUACCAGUCACGCACGGUCAAAACAGCGAUUUCCUCGAAAUCAACUCGGACCGUUGCUUUGGGAAUCGAAAGAUAAACGGACCGGCUAGUAAGAGUUCGAAGGACGUUGCCGUGAAGGAAGAACCGACGGAUCGAAGCUACGUAGAGCCACUUCCCAUAACGAACAUAUCAUCUGCAGCAUCACAGGAGAACGCGAACAACCUAAUUUAUCCACAACGCCAACAGUACGGGAACGUGACAAGGGAUCACAGAGGAUCGUCACCGCCACCCAGUCGUCCGGCCAGCGCUUCUUCCUCGACUUCCCAAUGGCAAUCGACCUUCUCUGUCUCCUCCGAGACCUUUCUGCAACGACAAGAGAGCUGGAAUUCCGAAGCUUAUGCGAAAAGAAGCUGCACGCCGACUUGGACGGAACUGGGCACGCAGCUAGAUCCCAGGAGCUCGUCUUGGGAUCGGCAGAAUGGCUGUUAUCAGAAAAAAGGCUCGCCCAUUUCGACUUGGAACCCGGACCACAUCAAUAAGAGGCCGUCGUCUGCGACCGGCGUGUCAGCUUGGAGCGACGUCACUGUCGGUUAUCAGCAACAGCGACGUGGUUCCUUGCAAUUGUGGCAGUUCCUCGUAGCCUUACUCGAUGACCCCGCGAAUGCGCCUUGCAUCGCGUGGACUGGACGUGGGAUGGAAUUUAAACUAAUCGAGCCGGAGGAGGUGGCACGAAGAUGGGGCGUUCAGAAAAACAGACCGGCUAUGAAUUACGAUAAGUUGAGUCGUUCAUUGAGAUACUACUACGAGAAGGGUAUAAUGCAGAAAGUCGCCGGCGAGCGAUACGUGUACAAGUUCGUCUGCGAUCCGGAAGCGCUCUUCAAUAUGGCGUACGGUACCGGCGCGUCUUCGGGGAUUAGCGGAGAAGUUCCAAAUAGUAUGGUACGGAGCCAUGCGGUGCCCGGGAAAGGAGCGGGCGGCAACGAAGUUCCAGAUUUGAUGAAGCAUCCCGCCGCGGGGUAUAGCGACGCGGUUUUCGCCAUGUACUCGAAUACCGCCGCAGUGUACGGAUCUUCCAGUCUCCAUCAUUUGCAUCAAUACCUCGGCGGUAACGAAGGCUUCAAAACGCCACCAAGUAGAUAUCACCCUCAUUAUCCCCAUCAGUACGGCAGCAAUCACCACCAUCAUCAUCAUCAUUCGGCUCCGAGCUACACAGAGACCUUCCUGAACUACAGUCGAUUGUCGUCACAUGAAGCUGCAUUCGAUUCGAAGGCACAAGAACUAUCAGCGAGAGAUUCGUAUACUCAGGAAACGGGGAGUACCAGUAGGGAACGGGAACCCGCGUCGAUACCCUACGACAACGUGCAGAGAUCGCAAUUACCGGCCUCGACCGUACCGUCGCAAUCCUCGAUACUGGACGGCGCGGCAAGCUCAAAGCUCGAGCAAGCCCCGUACACGUGUUUAGGCGUUGGAAGUUGCAUCAAAAUGGUAAAGACAAAAUCCUCAAAACAGGAGGAAGGAGGCAUGGGUUUCAAGGACAAGCAGAAAGCGUUGGAUACCCUAAAAAUUUUGGAUGGUCGUGAUAUCAGUUAUCAAUAUCAUGUAAUCACGAGUUUCGUCAGUCGCGCGAAAAGAACUCUCCAGAUUACACGGGACGAAGAGAAACUAGCGAAUCUGCGUGACGCUCUGAAGGUCUUCGAGGAUUGGCUGACGGAUUACAAGGAGAAUAACCGAGGAAAAGAGAAUCUUGCAUAUCUGCCGAUCGAGACGAUCAAGGCCUUUCGCAGUCUCGCGAAAAAGUACGACGUGUGGGACGACGGAUUCUUCAGGGCAUAUAUGAACGAGAAGGGUGACUACAAAAGCCUACGCGACAUGAAAGUUCCUAACGGAGGCACCACAUGGGACAUCGAGAGAAACAGGCGUUUAAAGGAGAUCAUUAACAGGAUCAAGAAUGAGCACGUCCAAUGGUAUGAGACGGACGUAGGCGAUUUUCGCGGAUUACCGACGAAGGAGCAUGUGCGAUGCAUCGUGCUCGGAUACAGUCCUGAUCCUACGAAACUGAAAAAACUGGCAGUUCAAGCGCGCGAAAAAUUCAAUGAAGAAGAUGAUGACAUGGACGUGGAGGAAGAACGAAAGCCUGGCAAAGGCGCUAAACGAGCUCGCGAUAAUUCAUCGAGCAGCGAUAGCGACAGCGAGCCGAAGAAAAAAUGCGCAAAGCGUUCGUCAGAAACUGAAGAGAACGAACAGAACGAAAAGAAGGAAAACAUGCUGAGUUUUAAGGACAAGGACAAAGCCUUGCAAAGCAUCAAAUCCUUGGAAGGCAGAGAUGUAUCUUAUCAGUUUCACGCGAUCAGCGGAUUGGUGAAGCGAGCUGAGAGAGUAAUAUCGUGCACAAAGGAUGAGCAGAAGAUCAAAAAUAUGCAGGAAGCUAUUGAGAUCUUUGAGAACUGGCUCACCGAUUAUAAUGUGAAAGGCCGAUCGAAGGAGAACUUCAAUUAUCUAACGAUCGAUAUUGUGCGGGCUUUUAAAUCUCUAGCUGAGCGAUACAACAUCGAAGAUAAUGGCUUCCUCAAAGUUUACGAGGAGGUGAACGGCGACUACAAAAAACUCAGGUCUGUCCAAUUUCCGGAAUCGUACGUUACAUGGGAUGUGAAGAGAAACGAACAUCUUCGGGAGCUGGUGAAUUUCAUAAAGGAAAAACAUGUUCUAUGGUUUGACACAGACGUCGAAUUCCGAGGUUUGCCUACCGUAGAACACACCCGAUGUAUCAUGUGGGGCUUCAGUCACGAUGUCGCCAAGCUAAAGAAGCUACUACCCACAUUAAGCAAGAAACUUGAACCUGCUGAUUAAUGUUAUGAUUUAAUAAACAUUGGGUUACUAGAUCGUUGCUUUGUAA